AUGCAUACUGAAAGCAGGACAAAACUACUUGUCCUUGUGACACUAUUUGUUUCUUUCUUACAAGGAACAUCUGCUGCUUCGACUCAUCGGCGGUACCGUAGACAAGUUCCUCAAGAAUGGGCACAUGCUAAGGAAGUAAAUAUUGUUGAUAAAAUGCUUAAGCUUAGUAACCCUUUGGACAUAACACAUCCAAUUUUCAGUUUACUGGGGAAUGAGGCCGCAUCAAAUGGGACGGGGAAGCUCGACAAAAAGCACCUUGACUGUUUCCAGAAGAUUGUGGCUGAUCAAGCGUUCACGAAUGCAAAGAAGGCCGGAAACAAGGAGGGUCAGGAGGCUGCUAUAAUUUUUGCGUCAGUCGAAAAAAACACCAAGACAGUAGGCGUGGCUAGUGUUCCUUGUAAAAGUAAGAAGAUGGUAAACCCUGAGAUUGAGAGAUUGAUACAGCAUCAGGAUGCUGCGUCUCCAGGGGCUGCUGAAAAUAACAAGAAGUCGGCCUUAUUGGCUGCUCUUUCCUUGAAGGAGAUAGGAAGCGACCCUAGCAUAUCUCUGCGUACUGGCACAUUCAAAGCUGGAGACACCAAGAAUACCAAUAAUGGUCGUGGUAACAGUUGUGAUGAUGAGAAAGACACCGAGGGUUGUAUCUUUACUAAAAAGGCUCUGGUUGAAGAUGUAACAAAAGCAGAAAUCGAUGAGUUUGUGCAAAAGCAUGCUGGCGGAUCUGGGGAGGAGAAAAAGGAUGUCACCCAAUUCAAUAAGAAACCCGAUGGUGCGGGUGGUAAAGAUGGUGAUGUGAUGAAGAAGGAUAGCGCAGCCGAAAAGUUGGGCGGAACAACUACGAUUGUUGUAAAAGAAGACAAGGAAAAGACCGCUGCCUUGAAGGAAACAGCCAGCUUAGCAAGCACAGCUGGCACAGGAGGUCAAGAUUAG